AAGAAGUCCCAGGGCUCGCAACACUACUGCUCUCUUCUCCACUUCUUGACAAGGUUUGGAGGAGGGUCCUUGGAAUCAGUUCUGUGAAUGAGAUGCCGCUGUCUGAUUUCUCACCCACAGACACAAACACCUUAUAUCUGCCCAGUUUCUUCUUGGACCAAGAUGACUGAUGGAAAUCUUUCCACCUCAAUGAAUGGUGUAACAUUGAUGGGCAUUCUAGAUGGUCGGCCAGGAGACUCACUUCAGGACCUGCAACACCUGAGUGUCAAGGCACCCAUAUCCCUUUCAGUGCCUGACUAUGGACCCACACUAAAACUUGGUUCUUUGGAAGAUCGACACAGCCUUCAAUCAGUAGACUCAGGCAUUCCUACUCUGGAGAUUGGCAACCCGGAGCCUGUCCCCUGCAGUGUGGUUCAUGUGAAGAGAAAGCAGUCUGAGUCAGAGAUCAUCCCUGAGCGGGCCUUCCAGAGUGCAUGCCCCCUGCCGUCCUGUGCACCCUCAGCUCCCACCAACAGCGAGCAAGAGCAAGUUGUACGAAAGUCUUCCACGUUUCCCAGGACAGGCUAUGACUCAGUGAAACUCUAUAGCCCCACCUCCAAAGCCUUGAGCCGAAGUGACAAUGUCUCUGUCUGUAGUGUGUCUAGUCUUGGCACAGAGCUGUCAACUACACUGUCAGUCAGCAAUGAGGACAUCUUGGACCUCAUGGUCACAAGCAGUUCCAGCGCCAUUGUGACCCUAGAGAAUGAUGAUGACCCACAGUUUAUUGAUGUCACUCUGAGCUCCAUCAAGGAAACCAGUGACUUACACCAGCAGGAUUGUGUUGCUGAGACUGAGGAGGGGAGGAAAUUGAAACUAUUCCAGCCAUUCAGUCACUUCUUUACGAGGAAUUUGCUUGCUAGAAAACAAAAUGCAAGACUUGAUAGACAGAGAGACUUGGGAUGGAAGCUGUUUGGAAAAGUCCCGCUUCGAGAGACUGCUCAGAAAGAUUCAAAGAAAACACAAAAGGAAUAUGAAGACAAGGCUGGAAGACCAAGCAGGCCACCCUCUCCAAAGCAGAAUGUGAGGAAGAACCUGGAUUUUGAGCCGUUGUCCACCACGGCACUCAUCCUUGAGGACAGACCCGCAAAUCUCCCAGCAAAACCAGCUGAAGAAGCCCAAAAGCAUAGACAGCAAUAUGAAGAGAUGGUGGUGCAGGCCAAGAAACGAGAGCUUAAAGAAGCCCAGAGGCGGAAGAAGCAGCUGGAGGAAAGGUGCAAGGUUGAAGAGAGCAUUGGAAAUGCCGUCCUCACCUGGAAUAAUGAGAUCUUGCCCAACUGGGAAACCAUGUGGUGCUCUAAGAAGGUUCGAGACUUGUGGUGGCAGGGAAUUCCUCCGAGUGUGAGAGGCAAAGUAUGGAGCUUGGCCAUUGGCAACGAGUUGAACAUCACCCACGAGCUCUUUGACAUCUGUCUUGCUCGGGCCAAGGAGCGGUGGCGGUCCCUCAGCACUGGUGGCUCAGAAGUGGAGAAUGAAGAUGCUGGGUUUUCAACAGCUGACAGAGAGGCCAGUCUGGAGCUUAUUAAACUGGACAUUUCUAGAACAUUUCCUAAUCUCUGCAUUUUCCAGCAAGGUGGUCCAUAUCAUGACAUGUUGCACAGUAUUUUGGGCGCUUAUACUUGUUACCGGCCGGAUGUGGGUUAUGUUCAGGGCAUGUCAUUUAUAGCUGCAGUGUUGAUCUUGAACCUAGACACUGCAGAUGCCUUUAUUGCUUUUUCUAAUCUUUUGAAUAAACCCUGUCAAAUGGCAUUUUUCCGAGUGGACCAUGGCCUUAUGUUGACUUACUUUGCUGCAUUUGAGGUAUUCUUUGAAGAAAACUUGCCGAAAUUGUUUGCGCAUUUCAAGAAAAACAACUUAACUGCAGACAUCUACCUGAUCGAUUGGAUCUUCACCUUGUAUAGUAAGUCCCUGCCCUUGGACCUGGCCUGCCGCAUCUGGGACGUGUUCUGUCGAGACGGGGAGGAAUUUCUCUUCCGCACCGCUCUGGGCAUCCUGAAGCUAUUCGAGGAUAUCCUGACGAGGAUGGACUUCAUCCACAGUGCCCAGUUUCUGACCAGGCUGCCCGAGGACCUGCCAGCAGAUGAGGUGUUCGCAUCCAUCGCCACAGUCCAGAUGCAGAGCCGGAACAAGAAAUGGGCACAGGUGCUGUCUGCGCUGCAGAAAGACAGCCGGGAAAUGGAAAAAGGAAGCCCAUCCCUCAGACACUGAGGCUCAGGGGUUACUCGCACUUGGCACUGAAGCAGAGCUCCACAUGGCACCUGUAUGCUUUCAGACUGAUGCCUGUGAAGAACAGGGGCUCGUUCCAUGUUGGAUUUCUCAUGCUGGAGUUGGCCUUAAAACAACACAGCUCUUAAAGAA